AUGGUUUACACAGGAAAGCUGAGGUGUGACAAAUGUGGAGAUAACCGUCUACCGCCACCCGCACCCCUCCAUCGUCACACAGAAAGUGCAGUUAAUUACAAACUAUUUUACUGGAAAGUGCCCGAACACACUCAGCAAGACCUGCGCAGCUUUACCAACAAGGCCUACGAAGAAGUCCAGGGUUUCUUGAAUUCAGCUUUUCCAACCAGUGAGUUUGGUGAUCUCACAAAGGCCUUAGACAUAAAAUGUCAAACAAUUGAGCAACUUUCAGCUUCGUUGAAGAACCUCACCGAUGAGUCACAAGUUUGUGUCCAGCAUACUGUGAAAAAUGAAGUGAAACCAAACCAACUGCAACCACUCUGUGUCAAAAGGAUCCUGAUGUCUAAUGUUCUUAAGUUUGGGCCUAUGUUGCAGAACUCGCUCAUGGCCAGCUCUAUAGCGAAAGCAGUCCAGGUGCUCGGAGCCACACUGUCCCUUCAGCAGCUGAAAUGUUUCCUUACCUCCCAACCUGCAGCAGUCCAGCAGGAUGACAUGAUAUGCAAUGUCUCAACCAGCUUCAACAGCUCUAUGACUACAAGCUCAUCCUGUUAUUUCAAGGCUGAAGAACAAAAAGUUGUUUUUGAGGAGAGCAGCCAGCCAGAUGUUGUGAUUGUUCCACCUGCCAUUACUCAGAGCUGUGAUAUUAAUGCAGAGAGGCCUCAACUACUACUACCUCCCAUACAAGCUGUACUCGCAGAGAUCAGUAACCCUAAACCCAUGAACAUAACACCACAAAUACACUGGGGAUGUGAGGAUCGUGUCCAGGUGCACCACCAAAAACAAACAUCCUCUCAGCUGCUGCACUUCCUCAGAGAAAAGGCUAAAAACACGGGUGCACUGGAGGUCACUGUCAUGCAUUGGACUAAAAGUACAUACACUUCAGAUUUGGCACAGCCAAAGUCACCCAUCAUCCCAAACCCAAAACUACCAGGGCAGGCAUGUUGUAACUGAUGAUGUGAUAAAUGCUUCAACUCCAAAAAUGUUGCAUAAAAACACUGAAAACCAAGGCCCGGUCUUCAGAGUGAAAAGGGUCGAGUCAAGUGGCUCUUUGAUCUACAGUUGUGUGAUUGCAACAGAAACUGAGCUGUGGGAUAUUGGAGACAUCUUCACAGAGGUGGCUAAGGGGGACUCUGAUCUUAACCCCUUGGAAAAUGAAGACUCCUUAAAUGUACAAGCUGAUGUGGAGAACUCCUGUGUUAGCAUUAAUUGGAAAAGUCAGACCCUUAAAGGCACAGAAGCUGCACAAGAGCACAAGUCUGCUGAUACAAAAAUCUCAGCGUGCAACAGCAUAAACAUUCCGAGUUUCAGAUCCGAAAGUUUGAAGAGCCUGAAGUUGUGGUGUCUCAUAUCGUCAGCCCAGGUAACUUCUACAUCCGGCACACGGACUCCAUUGAGAAGCUGCAGGCCCUUGU